AUGUAUAACCGCCAUCUUUCGCCGGCCAACCGGCUUUGGCUCCCUACAUCUCCAGAGGAAGUUACCGCCUUCUGCCGAGCAUACAAGCUUUUCAUCACCUUGACCUAUGACGACGACGAUGAUAGACCGAAGAAAAUCUGUAUUAAAGGGGGGUUUAAUAUGGGUCUCAUUGAGUUAUACCCUGAAGCCCUCAUUGGGGGUUACAGACGCGAGGCCCUCUUUUAUGGUCAUGUCGCCCCAGCUUUCACCUACAUCGAUCUACCAAGGCCAUAUUGGGCUGGUCAAAAUGAGGCUCAGGGCCGUGUGAUCAUGGACGAUCUAGGAGCCCUCGGAGCGGAGUUCGGAGAGCCCACUAACGCUUGGCCUGUCGAACUUGUCAUGGCGGGAGUUGAGCAGCUUGCAGGUUUGCACGCGGGAACUUGGGGUCGGGGCCAUUCUGACUACCCGUGGGCUGGCCCGGAACACUACGAGGAAAUCAUCUGGUCCCUCUUUAAGCUAUGGGAUGACCUCAUUCUCGGCUCGCACAGGCCGGUGAUUCCUGCAGCCCUCAAGGAUGAGAAGCGGAUGAGAGCAGUACUCAAAAAAUAUUUCACUUCCAGGAAUCCCAAGUUUCAAUGCCUGGUACAUAGCGACGCUCACAUCGGCAACACAUUCCUAAUUAACGGGGAACCGCGAUUUCUCGAUUGGCAAGCGGUUCAUGUCGGCUCUGCCUUGCACGACGUGGCGUAUUUUAUAGCCGGCAGUCUAACCGUCGAAGACAGACGAGAGCACGAGAUGCGCAUUCUAAAUCACUAUCUCGACGAGUUGAAUAUAUACGACGAUGCGUCCCUCUCGAGCCAGGAUGAAGAUCUCAUGGUAGAAUACCGAAAGUCCAUGCUUGCAGGCCUGGUUUGGCUCCUGACACCUUACGAGUUGCAAAACGAAGAACGCGUUCGCGCAAUGAUUGAGCGGCAAGCUAUGGCCUUAAUAGACCAUCGAGUAAUCGAGCUUAUAGAAUCAUUGCCUGAUGUGGAAUAG